GUUCAAUGCUACCAUGAUGCUUGAAAAGAGCAAAAAUAAGAGGAUUUUAUUUGUGGGGGAUUCAAUAGGGAGAAAUCAAUGGGAAUCUCUACUUUGCAUGUUAUGGAUAGGCAUUGCAAAUCAAAGUAGAGUUUAUGAAAAAUAUGGGAGCCCAAUCUCAAAGCACAAAGGAAGCCUUAUCAUCUUCUUCAAGGACUAUAACCUAACCAUUGAGUACUAUAGGGCUCCUUUCCUUGUGGCUAUUGGUAGACCUCCACCAAACUCUCCUACCAUUGUCCACAAAGCUAUUCAUGUUGAUAUGCCUCAUUGGGAAUCUAAGAAGUGGGUCGGCGCCGAUGUUGUUGUCUUUAAUGCUGGGCAUUGGUGGAAUGACGAUAAGACCCUGAAAAGUGGAAAUUAUUUUCAAAUUGGGAACAAAAUAAAUAUGACAAUGGACGUUAAGGAAGCUUUUCGUAAAGCUAUUCGAACCAUAAAACAAUGGGCAGAUCAGAAUCUCCUUCACAGAAAGAGCUUUGUCUUCUUCAGAAGCUUCUCUCAAGCUCACUACAG